AUUGUCAAACGAAGAGCAUCUCACCAGCGUCGCUUUAUCACAUUAUAUACACUAAAACCUACAAAUCAUGGGUUGUUGUGCGAGCAGUCUGAAACUCAAGGAGCUGAGCCUGAACAGCAGCAUUUACAUGGCAACUGGCGGCGGAUCUGGAAGUGGUCGCUCCCUGAAGCGACUAUAUAGCAGUCGGAACAGCAGCGGCGUGGGCAGCAGCUCAUCAACGUCUUCGAAAAACUCCAGCCGCAGCAUUUGGAGCCGCUCCAGCCAGCCGAUUUGCGAUGAUUUUGCCGAGCAACCACAACUGGACCGAUCCUGUGGCUAUUACACCUGCAGCAGUGCCAAUUCCUCACCUCGUCGGGAUCAUGAGGAUCUGGAUGAGGAGGAGAAGGAGGAUGGGGAGGUGCUGAUGCGCACCCAGGACAUGAGCGAGGGAUCCCGAAAUUCAAUUGAAUCCAAUCAAACAGUGGGCAACCUGGAGUGGGAGAUGUACAUGAUGCAGCAGGCGCAGCAAAUAAUGCCAAAGACCUCGUCGCCCAUCAGCCAGCGGCGUGGCAAUGGCCCCGUUCCGGCCUCGUCCUACCAAAAGUGGCGGACCUACCUGCAAUCGACCCCCGCCCACAUGCUGCACAAUGUCACCCACAUCCCGGAGGCCAUUGCCGGCCACUUUUGCCCCACUGGCUUUCCGGGCUACAGCGAUCUGGAGGAAAUGGAGAGUGCGGCCAAGCGGUUUAAGGUGGACAUCGAUGAGGAGCCACUGUACACCACCUACCAGCUGCUGGCUGGACACACGCACACCAUCUCCACAGAUCUAUAAGUUUGCAAAUCAGCAAGUAGUAGUCCCCAAUCGCACCAACUCCGCUUGGUUCGGAGGGGUUUCUAGCGAUUGGUGGACCCAUUUGGAACCCAUCAUCCCCGGCGAGGACUGGCAACAGGUGUGCCAGCUGUCAAACAGUUGGACAAACAAUCACAGCGAUUCCAUUGCCCAGCAAUGGCAAAUCGUAUAGACGAUUUUACAAAAAUACCUUCCUUUUUUUUUUUCCUUGUAUAUCAUACAACUUAGACUUAAGAACAGGACAAUCAACAAUGUGUACAUGGUUGGAUAAUCAAAUUAUACUCGUAAUUAUAUUGU